ACUUAAUUGAGCGCACGCAGGACUGAGGUGACAUCUGAGUGGACUGACGCGAUGGAUCUGAGUUCUGCACAGAGGCUGAAUCUGCUCAUCAUCAUCAUCCUGCUCACAUCUCACAGCAUUGUGUAUCCUGAUGGUAAUCUUAUCUCAGGAGUGAAACAUGGGCUUCGAUGUGUUAAUGACUUCUUAUCCAUCAUCAACUGCUCCGUGCUGAACCUCACACCAUCAGGAAACACCUCGGACACUGACAGCCCCUUCUGGCUUAUUAUAACAGAUGAAAUAGAUUACUUUGAGUGUAUUCUGUCAAAGGCCAACAAAGAUUACUUCUGUUCUGUGAACACCAUGCCCAAUCAACAUCCUGACAUCCCCUUUAUGGAUACAGAUGAAUAUGAAAUCUCACUCUGUCACAGCAAAAGUAAUGGAUCUGAAAGCUGCAAGUUACUGGAGGCGUCAUACAAACCUGUGGAAAACAUUAAACCAAACCCACCGUGCUGCCUCACAUUUUACCACAACUUAAGUCAACACCACUUCGCCUGGAAAAGCACUUACGAGGAAUACAGCAGCUACACAGGUCUGGUCGACAACCUCAUGUAUCAGCUGCGGUACUACAGAACUGGAGACAAACACAAUGCAACAGCCCAUGUUAUCAACACAGAAAGCACUGACUUCUCUAUGGAUGAUAAUAAACUCCUGCCAGACACUGAGUAUGCCGCCAAAUUGCGGUCCAGCCCCAAUCAGGUUUCUUACAAGGGACAGUGGAGCGACUGGUCGUCUGAGGUUCACUGGAGGACUGUGCCAGCCAUGAAAGAUGAUGACCAAACAAACGCAUUUGCUCUUGAGCUGGUGAUGACGUUCAUCCCUUUUUGUGUGAUCCUGCCAGUGGUGUUAUUUUUGUGCUUUGUUCCUUUGAAAAGGUGGAGGCAAAGAGUUUUCAUCCCAACUCCUGAACCAUACUUCCAAACCCUGUACAGUGACUGCCAUGGAGAUUUUAAGAGUUGGGUGGUGAUGCAAGCAAACCCAACAGACAUGUUGAAGACAGAGGAAACGCUCCAGAUCGACACCCUGACAAAGUGUGCAGAGGAGGAAGAAUGCUGCCCACCCCUGUUUCCCCACCGCUACCUAAGUGAAGGCAGCACAUACAGUAACCUGAUGGAGCCGAUGAGCUGUGACACAGGUCUACCGGGUGUCCCAUACGCUGUGAGCUCCCUGCAGAGUACCAGUUUCAGCUCAGACUCCUUCAACCCCACCGAAGGAGACUCCGGCUGCUGGCUCUGCAGUGACCAGUCUCUGGAGCAAAGUCCUUCCUGGUACUGCAACGAGUACUGCACCCUGAGUUCAUUCCAGCAGUGUGGGAUGGUCCCAGCACACCACCACCACGGGGAUCCUGCAGUGAAACCCCCUCCACAGAUGAUCACUGGGGAGGACAUCAUCGAAGAAACACAAGGGCUUUGUGUGUAUAAAGAUGAAGGAAUUGUUUAACCACAAAACCUAAAAUGACCAUCAGCAUGUCCUUGAGGAGGCACUUGUAUGUAAAUAUCUGACAUUACUGUGUAACCGUGCAGUUAUUGAGUUAGCUGACAGUAGAUUGUAUAUAACCUGUCAAGUUUUUUUUUUAAUCCCCAACAUUGCCUUCAUUUUUCCUGAUAUUGUAGUUUGUGUCCCACACGAUAUUCUGAGCUGAAAACACACUUUGCUUCUAUAAUAAGAGACACUGCACAGGUUUUGUAGAAAGUUUUAUUUACGCCAACACAUACAUGAACAAAGCACCAUAUAACCUUAAAGUCUGAUACAGAAGUAAGCCUACCUGCCCCAGUCAUUGUGGCCAUUUUUAUUUAUUCCAAAGCAAAACACUCUGAAUAACAAAAAGACAGCCAAGGCAGCAGAUUCUAUCAUAUAUUACAGCAUGCUGAAUAGAAAACCUGGGAAAGAGAAUUAGACAGAGCCAUCUAGAGACACUAGUGAGAUACAACAGUAUAAAAGUGCCAUUCAUUAUACAGCAGUCGAAAUACUGACAAUGAAAUAAGCUAAUUUUACAUUAAAUGUAUGGAAAAUAAAGGGGGAAACAAAGUAAAAGACCCUGUGAGAGAGCAGAGUAAAACAAAAAGACACUUUCUUUCUUGAACAUUGAUGACAGCCAGCUUGCAUGGAGUUGACGAAACUGGUACCGAGCUGUGUCCCUUGCACCACAUAAGACAAUGUUUAAAAAGAAAUGACUGGGGUGCUGAAGCACCCAUCCCCUCCCAGCAUAACGUGCCAACCGGCAUUUAAGAACAAAAAGAUGAUAGGUCAGGAGGGCGGAUGGCACAGAAUGUGUGGAGUUUAAAUAGAAGUCUUUAAGCAAGUCCCGAUGUGAGAGGAGCACAUUCAUUGAGAGACUGAGCGGGGAGGUGAUUCUUGUUAAACCCAUUCCUUCUGCCGCAGCCAAGCGAGACUUCGCCCUUACGAUGGAGAGAAUUUUUUGGCUUGUGCUCGAACUCUUUUUUCAUAUUCUACUCUGUUUUGGCUGAAAGGGAGAGAGAAAUACCUUGAGUUACCAGAAUGAUCAUCUCCCACUGUCCCAUUUUACUGCAAAAUUCAUCUUCAGACCAUUAGAAACAACCCAUAUAGUUGGGAGCAUUAAAAAGAGCAAAAGAAAAAAAAUGUGUACUAUCUCAUUCCUUCAUUAAAGCAAUAUAGC